AUUUGGCUUCCCAGGAUAUCCUGGAAUGAAGGGAGAUAAAGGCAACCGAGGACCCCAAGGAUAUGAAGGACCGAAAGGGGAGCGUGGACUAGAUGGCGUCCCAGGAUAUCCUGGAAUAAAGGGAGCUAAAGGCGACCGAGGACCCGAAGGAUCUGUAGGACCGGAAGGUAGCGAGGACUAUAUGGCCUCCCAGGAUUACCUGGUAUGAAUGGAGAUAAAGGCGACCGAGGACCCGAAGGAUCUGUAGGACCGGAAGCUGUACCUGCGUGUGAAUAUCAAGCCAAAACAGAUGUAUAUGAUUAUUGAUUGUUUUUAAUGAUUUUAUCUUUUGUUAGAAGUUUUUGCUAUCAGUUUUUUACUGUGCAAUUAACAUAAUUCUUACUAUCAAUUCUGACAUAAUAGCAUGUCAUUCACAUGGGAAAAAAUAAGAAAUAUAGGAAAAUUACGUCUAUUUCGAUUAAAAUAACCUUUUUUUUGGUACAGCUUAUUAAAAACCAAGUACAUAUUUGAAAUAUAA